CGACGCCGCGCAGCAGCAGCAGCAGCUUCAUCACCGCUGACCGACACCGACCUCCUGCUCGUCUCCAGGCCGCGGCAUGGACGCCGGAGCCCGGCCUGUUUCCUCUGAAUCACAGCGGGUCCGGUUCGAGCGGCGUUCCGCACCGAAGCUGAAGAUAAUACCGACGGUGAAGAAGAUAAAGAUGAUGAUGAUGGCGGUGUGCAGUUAGAGCUGCGGAGCGGAAACACGCCGCAAACAGAAUCCGUGCGGGAGCAUCGCGCUCCGAUGCAGCAGAAAAAUCGCCAUUGUUUGGAUGCGCAGCAGACUGAGAGGAAAAACCCAGACUGUACGGGAAGUGUUUGACAGAGAGACGCCAUGCUUUCACCGCUGCUUCUAACGGUGUGUCUGCUCUGGUUUACCCAGAUCUCGGCCUUCCGGGCGUCUGUGAACGACGCCGGUUUGAUCGCGGUGACGCUCGAGCGCUCAGACCUGCAGGAGAACGUCACGGCGUACGCAGCGCAGAUCUCCGGAGAACCUCGUCCGAUCCUGGUCCAGUUCGUGAACACCAGCGAGCCUGUGCUGUUCAACACGUCGUUUCACGGCCUCUGCUACACUGUGGGACUGCUGGUUAAACUGGGACAGACCUGGUCCAGACCCGUCAAGACCGUCUCUGUGCUCACAAAGCCUCUUCCUGUCCGCAGAGCUCACAUCUCAGACUACAGGGAGUCUCCAGAGACCGGGGUGGUGUUUGAGAUCGAGCCUCCGGCCGGUAACGUCUUCAGCCGAGUCAACAUCAGCUACACUGAAGGACAAGAACGACGAUCUAUGCUUUAUAAAGAUUUCUACAAAGGGAAGACGGUGUUCAAACACUGGUUACCUGGGACGUGUUACCGUAACAUCACCUUCCAGCUGAUCUCUGAGGCCACAGUGAACCAGACUGCACUGGUUACACACAGUGACAUCACACACACACCUCUGCACCACAGGACAGUGCCCUUCCCCCCCCUCAACAUUUCCCGUAAGAUCGUCCACCUGAGCCAGAGGACGCUGCCAGGGGAAGACGCCAACCUCGUGCCUCCUGAGGCGGGCGAGGAGAGCCGGCGAGCCUCCCGUCGAUCGCGGGACGUCCCUCUGAUAGAGGAGGAGGAGGAGAACACCUCUGAGGAGGCGGCGGGCAUUUCCACUCAGGUCCCCUUCGGCCCAACGCGCAACCUGACAGACGCCGUGAGGACCAAUCAGACGGCGGAGACUCGGAGCUUCUGGCCGGACCCGACCGACCCUUCUCCUGCUGGAGACGGGGAGGACGAGUUCGUCAACGCCGUGGUGCCCGAGUACGAGGACUCCAACGAGCCGGGCUCAGCCAUGGGUCUCCCCGCGGAGGCCUCCGUCCUGCCCACCACACUGCCCCCCAUCCUGCUGGAGCUGCGCUGGCUGCCGCCCCGACCCCCCACCAGCUACGACGGCUUCAACAUCUACAUCUACAGAGACGGUAACUCCACAGAAACAGCCACGGUGGAUGAAAACACUCACGAGUUCUUCACCGAGCUGACGGAGCCGGGGACGUACCGAGUCCAGGUCACCACGCUCAGCUCGUCCGGAGACUGCGAGGCCCGAGAGAGCAGCGCCGGCGCCGCCUUCACCUUCUACCUCACAUCAUUAAAACCGCUUGUUCCAGGUCCCGGCGGUGAGCUGCUGGAGGAUCUCCGGGAGCGUCCUCAGGCCGUCACCGUCAGACUGCUGGACUCCAGCACCGCCGCCGUCUCCUGGGCUCAGUCCUCCGAGAACCACAACGGCAGCCUGGUGUCGGUGGUGUCUACGACCUGCCUCAGGCCGAGCCUCAGCCAGAGGAUGGAGAACACGUACUGCAGCGAGGAAAACACCACGAGUGACAUCAUCACUAGCCUGACCCCCGGGGCUCAGUACCGAGUGGUCGUCUAUCACACUAACGGGCCCCUGAUCAGUCCUCCGUCUGAACCCGUCAUCAUCGAUAUCGAGCCCACAGGUGUGCGCGAGCUGGCCGUUUACCCCCUGAGUCCGACGGCGGUGAUCCUGAGCUGGCAGCGUCCGUAUCACGUCUCCUUCAGGAAGUACGUCCUGCAGACCUUCUUCUUCAACCCCGUCACCCUGGCCUCGGAGUGGACCACCUACUACGAGAUCGCCGCCACCGCCUCCAUCAUCGCCUCAGUGAGAGUCACGGAUCUGCUGCCGGCUUGGUAUUAUAAUUUUCGUGUUUCGAUGGUGACGUGGGGCGACCCGCCGCUCAGCUGCUGCGACAGCGCCACCGUCAGCUUUGUUACAGCUCCCGAGGCUCCUCACAUCUCCUCGGUGGAUUACUCUCAUGGCGUCCUGUACGUUCGUUGGACGUACGGCGAGCUCUUCAUCGACCUAUCACACUCCAGGAUGCUGCACUGGCAGGUGGUGGCCGUCGGCAAGAAAGGACCGGAGAGGAGCUACUCCGUCGACGUGACUCGUAACGUGAUGCGGGCCAGCCUCCCUCUGCCCCCAGGAGACAUCUACAACCUGACGGUGACGGCCUGCACCGAACGCAGCAGGAACACCUCCAUGCCAAACAUCAUCAAACUGGAGCCGGCUCCUCCCAGGUCUCUGUUCGCUGUGAACGCCACUCACUCGGCUGUGACUCUGCUGUGGACCGAGGAGGGAGUGGUGGACUACUACCAGGUCCUCUGCAAACCCAGCAAACCCAGCAAGGAACGCAAGGCCUGGGAACCUCAGACGGCCAACUCUCACGUGGUGACGGUGUCUGGUUUGAUGCCCUCAUCCACCUACAACUGCACCGUCACCAGCUUCAGCUACAGCACGCCCAGCAAGCCCGCGCACAUCACCAUCACCACUGUCGCUAAAGAGAUGAACCCGAGCGUAGCAGCGAUCUCGGCUCUGGCCGUCCUCAGCAUCCUGCUCAUCUGCCUGCUGGUUCUGUUUCUGCUCAUCCUCCGCAAGAAGCAUCUGCAGAUGACCAGAGAGUGCGGUGCAGAGACUUUCGUCAAUUUUGCUUCAUUUGAAAGAGAUGGAAAGCUUCCUUAUAACUGGCGAAGAAGCCUCUUUGCCUUCCUUACCCUACUGCCAUCCUGCCUUUGGACUGACUAUCUUUUGGCUUUUUAUAUUAAUCCUUGGAGCAAGACAGCUUUAAAGAAACGGAAGCUAACAAGUCCUGUGCAGCUGGACGACUUCGACGCCUACUUCAAAGACAUGAGCAAAGACUCGGCCUACAAGUUCUCGCUGCAGUUUGAGGAGCUGAAGAGCGUCGGGCUGGAUCUUUCCCAUGAUGCAGCAGACCUGCCCGUCAACAGGCCGAAGAACAGAUACACCAACAUCCUCCCCUACGACUUCAGUCGGGUGAAGCUGAUCUCGAUGCACAACGACGAAGGUUCAGACUACAUCAACGCCAACUACAUCCCUGGAUAUAAACAUGCUAAAGAGUACAUCGCCACUCAGGGCCCGCUGCCCGAAACCCGUAAUGACUUCUGGAAGAUGGUUCUGCAGCAGAAGUCUCCGAUCAUCGUCAUGUUGACUCAGUGCAACGAGCGGCGGAGGGUGAAGUGUGAUCACUACUGGCCGUUCACAGACGAGCCUGUGAUGUACGGAGAGAUCAGCGUGGAGAUGCUCUCUGAAACGGAGUCUCCGGAGUGGACCACCAGGACGUUCAGACUGGGAUAUGCCGACGAGACUCAGGAAGUCCUCCACCUCAACUACACCUCGUGGCCGGAUCACGGCGUCCCCACGGUCAACGCCAUCGAAAGCAUCCUGCAGUUCGUGCACAUCGUCCGCCAGCAGGCCAACAGGACCAAAGACCCCGUUAUAGUCCACUGCAGUGCUGGAGUCGGCAGGACGGGGACCUUCAUCGCUCUGGACCGUCUGAUGCAGCACAUCCGGGAGCACGAGUUUGCAGAUAUCCUGGGGAUGGUGUCCGAGAUGCGUUCACACCGUCUGUCGAUGGUCCAGACCGAGGAGCAGUACGUGUUCAUCCAUCAGUGCGUUAUGUUGAUGUGGCAGAAGAAGAAGCAGCAGUCCAUCACCUCUGAUGUCAUCUACGAGAACGCCAGCAAGACAUAAUGAUGGCGCCUCCUCCAGACGCUGCGAACACACCCAACCUCCUGUGCUUCAGGCAUCCAUUCUCUGCAGAAGAAGAUCUGCUUCAUCAUCAGUAAAAUCAGAAAACAAAAACAGCAGAACAUCUCGACGACACAGGCGGAAGAAGGGGAAAAAAAACAGUUUUUUGUUUGAAUUGGUGUUAAAGCGUGGGAUGGAGUUUUGCCUUAAGGAGCCUUUCACUGACUGACCAACAUGUUGAACCACAACCCUGCCCUCUGAACUGGACUGCUUCAUGUCAACGUGGGGUCGGAGGAGUCGGAGGGGCGUUAACGAGCUCCGUCCUGUGAUUGGAUGUCUACACUGUGUCCGUCCUCGUUCUGACGACGCGAGACGACGAGUCUGUGGAGCCGAGUCAGCAGUUUUUCAUUUUAUUUAAUCUCAGGAGUAGCUGGAAAAAAAACAAAAAAAACCAAACAGCGAGCACACUGGCCUCUUCCUCCGCUUUGAAAGUCAUACAUCAUUUGUUUUUGGUUUUAUUUGCAUCGUUAAGUGUUCACCUUCCCCGCAGAGUGCAGCUUUCCUGGCUUUUUGCGACGUCGGGAGUCGUAGGCGGUAGAUUGCAACGUCACACUGCCAAACACGCCGAACUCUUAACGUGAUUAAAAACACCUCCUGCUGUAACGUGCUAACCAACUGCCAGGACUGCUGCGCAGACAACGUUCACUGGAAGAACCCAGCAAGCAUUCGACGAAGGAUCAAGUUCUGGAGAAUGAGCACAAAAUUUCACACGUCGGGAUGUUGAACGGAUUUUUAAAACUUGAUUAGUUUUUUUUUAAUCAAACACAAAACAUUAAUCGUGAUUGGAGCUUUCCAAACAUUAUGUUUCUGUCCUGGUUGAAGACGCUGUCAAACUAAAUUGGCGAAUAUAAAAUUAAACACAAACGUGGUCGCGUCGCCUGGUCAGAACAUCAUUUGGACCAUUUCUGCUGCAGACCGAUCGUUCCGGUUCUCAGCCUCGAAGUGUUUUAUCAGAAAAAGGUAUUUUAGUAUCGAUGCUGCUCGACUUUUUAUUACUCGUGCGAAUGUUUGCUGGGUCCGCACAAGAACUAAAAAGGGCACAAAAACAGCUGAAGGGAACAACGGCUUUCUGUGAAAACACGAGUGCCUCAUGCUGCCGCCCUGUCGCUGUCGGGCGCGUUGAGGCCAGUUUAGACGCUAGAGACUGUGGUUGUAGAGCUGUAGUUUGUAUUUGCACUGAGGCCUCCGAGCUGCCUGACCUGCUGACAGAAGAAGGGAAAGAGUUUCUGACUGUCGAGGACGAACUGUACCGUCCCGUGGGCUCUUUUUAACGGAAGGACCUCGCUCUGAAGACGUAGAUUAAUUUUAGACUAGCGGAGAGGUUUUUUACCCUCUAAAGGUUUGUGAUCUAAUCGGCUGCAACAAUCCUGUUUGGAAACAAACAGCAGAGAAAUGGAUCUGACAGUAUCUGAAGACAGGAGAGAGACGAUUACUCAGACAGUUGAACUGCCAAAACCACCAAGAUAUUAUAUCAAGACCUGACAUCAAGUUUUUUCCCUUUAUGUUGCUGAAUUUGGGGAAUGAUAGAAACAUAUCUCCAGGGCAACUUCAAUAUCUUUAAUCCAACCAAUUAUAAAGCUGCAGCUAUUUUUCAUGAAAUAAAUACUGUAUGAAGUGAAAGGAUAAAACAUUUUAACCUGAAGAAAUAUUAAACUUUGGUGAAGCUCCAACAAGAUCUGUCACAAUCCAAAUAUGUGUGAUUAAAUGAGAAAUAUGUUGGAUAACACCCCCCCCACCGAUUUGUAUAGCAAGUUGUGUUGUGCAGGAAAAAUGUAGUAUUAAAGUUCAAGUUUUUACUUCAGUGCUGAAAUUUGGUUACCACGAAUAUGAAAAUGUUGGUAUCGCACUCUUGUCAUCGUUGACCCCAAAUUAUGUUACAACCCCAAGAUUUGGCAUCAUGCCCCAAAAGAUUGUAAGCCUUUGUUUUAAUCCCCAAAUUUUGUUUAACAAACACUAAAUGUAUGUAAAAUUGUGGGUUUGCGCUCCUACAAUUAGUUUUAAUCAAAAUUAUUAAGCUCUGCCUAAAUUUAUGAUGUUUUGUUAUGUGCCCAAAACGUGGUGCGGCUCCGCCCAAGGUUAUAAAUGGCAGAUCCGACUUCCACUUAAACCUGUUUGUCUUGUGUUCGUUUGGGGAGACCACCGCCAAAAUGCUGCAAGGACAUUUGGCUGUUCUAACAAAAUCAGUGUUUUUUGGAUUUCUAAAACCUGGGCCCUGUUUUCACACGUGUUGGUGUGGAAAUGACUCGUAGGUACAGAAAGUCUUGGAUCUGCGCAGUAGAUGUUUCAGCCGGCAGCUGAACCGGCUUCUCGUUGCCGCUGACAGGCUCAGACUGCAACACCAGGUGUCUGACAACAUCAGGCAAAGGAUCCCUGUGAGGGACUCCCGGUGACCCCCUUCGUUUUUAACAGGAAAGUCUCGCUCUGAAAUCUCGUGAGAGGCGACUUGCCGCAGGACGACGCCGGUGGAAACGUGAGUCAGAUUUGGAGAGGAGAGGAAACUCCUCUCGCUCGUUUCCUGCAACAACUCGCCUCUCGCGAGAUGUCAGAGAGAGAACGGUCCUUGAGCGAGACUUCAGUUUCCUGUAAAACACAAAGGGGGUCACCAGGAGUCCCUCGUAGAGAUCCGUUCCACGAUGUUGUCGUCAGACACCUGGUGUAGCAGUCUGAGCCUGUCGCUGGUAACAACAAGCACUUUCUGUGGACGCCAUUUUGACAGGAAGGAAUACCUUGCAGCCGGUUCAGCUGCCGGCUGAAGCAUCUACUGCGCAGAUUCAAAACUUCAUGUCCAUACGAGUCAUUUCAACACCACAAUAUGUGAAAACAGGGCCCAGGUUUGAAAAUACCUGAUUUAUGCUUUAACCCUUUGGUUGUUUCGGGGCCUGAAGCUUUGACCGUGGAUCAGGCCGACUGCACAUCUCUGUCUUAAACACACGACAACUGUACAGAAAAUUGUUAUGAGGCCGUUUUCUGAACCAUCAGCAUCAGAUCAACUUCCAGUAAUUUAGUUAGUUUUUCUUCAUCUUUCUACUGAACAUUUGACUUGAAGGGCAAAAGACAAGUCCACAUUUAUUUCUCACAUCCGUGAUGACUGUAGAGAAUGUUAACUGAACAGACGACAGUGGCCGACUUCUUUCAAAGUUUUAUAGGAUGCUGUCAAAAUAACAACCGAGAGUUAAGAGCGGCUUUUCUUUUCACAUUAGAAAGAUCCAAUAACUAGGACAUAACUUAAUACAUUCAUAGCAACACUUAUUUUAAGUUUAAAUUUCAUUUUCAGUUCAAUUUUCAUUUCACUUGAAACGUUUUUCCAAAUGUGCUAAAUAAAAAGUUUUGUGGAUCAAGUUUAUACUCAACAAAGUAAGGCUGAGUUUGCAGAGUUUAAAUAAACUUUUUUCGUUUUUUUUUAACAAGUAACAUUUAGUUUUAAUUAAACUUCUCAAAUGCAAUACAUCCCCCCGCAAAUGUCUGAUCAAACAAGUGGGCUUCAACACAGCUCUGCUUACAAAUAAUUCAAGAAAAAGCCACUUCUGAAUGUGUAUUAUUUUGACAACAACUUGCAAAUAAAUGGUCAAAAAUGAAAUAUGUCGAUAUAUUAGAAAAGCCCAAAUCUGUUAUUGCACUCUUUCGUAUCGUCCCUAAAAUGUUAUCAAAUUUCCGCACAGCACUUUUAUGUUAUAACUGAAACAGUAAAUCCUCACAAAUAUUAAAAUUCAGCACGCAUAUUAUUGUUGGAUAAAUUCCAGAAAUAUCUAAAAUAGUUCCAAAAUCCAGUGCAGCGCCACAAAUUGGACAUUUUGGAAAAAUUCGGUUUAAUCCCAAAAGAUAAUUUAGCCUCUAAAAUGUGUUAUGAAGUAAUUUAAGGACGAGGCGAUACUGACUCUGUUUUGAAUUGUUUUGACCACAAUUUUUGUUAUAAUGCCAUUGGACACUUCAAAAGCUAGAUGUUAUAAACCCAAAAUUUGGUGUUGGUCCCAAAAGUGUUCCAGUGCUCACGAAUACCAAAAAUAUUUGUCAAAACAUUUGGCGUAGAAAUAUCCAAAUUUAUUAGAAUUUAAAAUAUUUGGUAUGGCACCCUAAAUAUUUAAUUGAACACUGUCGAUUUGCUAAAUAAUUUGUCGUUGUGGCCUUUUGGUUCCAAUUCUCCCUUUAAAACUGUUCUAAAAAAACCAAAUAAUUGAAACAGACCUCAAGUACCAAAAUGAGAUGAAAAGCUGCUUCUUAGUGGUGGUUGUUAUUUUGACUUCACCUUGUUUCUAAUUUGUAAACGGAAUUGAACGAAUGUGUGAAAAGGCUGUUGGACGCUUCAGUGUUUACUUGUAAAAUGACUCGUCAUUGUGGCCUUGUGGUUCAAACACCUGAAGUCUGUUCGGUACUUUGGUCGCCACUCAAUCUGAAAUAGUUACAUUUCACUAUUAGAUAUCAAAUGUACUGUACAUACUACUACUACUGCUUAACUAUUCUGUUUCUACUCGUCAUUACAAAGUAAUUCUUGUGGAAGUGUUGCUUUAGAGGUUUCUUUUUUAAAAAGGUUGUCGUAUAUGUGAAUCAUCGUUACCUGAGCCAGAAGAUAAGUCCUCUCGUCGCUGCGACAGUUCGGUUUUUGGGGCUUCAGCAUCGACACGAGCAGCUGGACGUUCGGAGACUCGGCUGCUUGGGAAAAGCGUUGCGUGGACUCGGAGAGACUCGAUCACGAUUGUCAAAGAUUUCCAAAAGAAAAAACUGAUGACAACCUGCAGACAAUAUCCGAAAGCUCAGCACUGUACACUCUUCUACAAUUCUUUCUCUUGCUUAGCGUGUGUCCAGUCAAACUUGUACGUCAUUGGUGCCAUUCUUGUGCAUAGUGUCACUUAAAAUUUGAGGGAUGAUCUGGAACACGGAUCAUCGUCACAGUUUUAAUGUGUGUGUGUGUGUUGGAACAAUAAAAUGUUGCAGUUA